AUGAAGCUGUGUGACAAGGUCUCUGUGGAUCUGACACCCAUUCUUCUUCUCAAGACCAAUAAGGAAUGUAUUCUUAUGACAAGAGCCGUUGACCUGAUUCUUAUUAAUUUGUCCUUUUCUAAUAUCUUGGUGAUUCUCAUCAGGGGAAUCCCAUGGACAACCCAGUUGUUGCAGCUGAAAAUUUUCCUUGAUGACAUUGGGUGUAAAAUCAUAAUUUAUCUACAGAGAGUAUCCCGGGGCAUUUCCCUUUGUAACACCUGCCUCUUGAGUGUAUUCCAGGCCAUCACCAUCAGUUCCAGCUAUACCAGACAGACACAAUUCAAAUCCAGAACCCCAAAGUACUUUAUUUUAUUCUGUGUCUUAAUUUGGGUCUUUCAUUUGCAAUUAGAGGUGAUUGUGUUUUUGCAUGUGACUGCUUUUCAGAACAACACUGAUGUCAUACAGAGUAGGAACCUGGAGUUUUGCUCUUUAAACAGGUAUGCCAUGGCUAUCUCAAAAUUUGUAAUCUGGAAAUCACUUUAUGAUGGAGUGUUUGUGAGUUUCAUGGUCAUUACCAAUGGCUACAUGGUGCUUGCUCUCUACAGACAUCACCAGCAAGUCCAGCAUAUUCUUGGCACUAGACUCAAACCCAGAACCUCUCCAGAGACCAGAGCUACCAAAGUCAUCUUGUCAUUGGUGAGCAUCUUUGUGUGCUUUUAUUCAAUCAGUGUCAUCUUUGUUAUUUAUAGGGACAAUUUUCAAGGUAAAAAACAGUGGGUGGCACAUGUCUCUGUACUUUUGACUCUGUGUUACCCAAUGUUCAGCCCCUUUGUUCUAAUCAGCAGUGACCCUCAAGUCUCCAGUUCUCUGGUUUUCCAAGGGAUGAAAAAGCCCUGCCUCUACCCACCAACUUCUCAGAUCAAACACUUGUAA